AGGAACACGCCCGAGCAGGUGCUUAAAUAUAAAAUGAACGAGAGCUUGAGCCGCAGUGCGGCUCCGGAUUUUACUCUCACCGGAUGCACUCACCCAUCCACACGCACCAACACACUUCGUGAUCGAAUCAAAGUGCCAUCUUUUUUUUUUUUUUUUUUUCAAAUCAAUCUGCCCACUACCCAGUUAAUUUCGUCAUGAUCAAUACGAUAGCGUUCCGCAAGUGCGUGUUGUGCGUCGCGCUACUGUUAACCAUUGGAUUCAUCGGACGCACGAGUAGCUGCACAUCCCAUGGGUGCUUCACAUUGGAGCUUGUUCAAGUUGUGUUCAGGCACGGCGAGCGAACCCCUCAGGCGGACGAGAUCAAGCUGAUACCGAACGCCACUGGCGUCAUGGCCGAGCCAUGGGGAUUUUCUCAACUGACCAACAACGGAAAGCGUCAGGAGUACAACAUCGGCGUGCAGCUGAGAAAAUUGUACGGUGAAUUUUUGGGCGAGCAGUACAGGCCGGAGGAGGUGUUGGCGACCAGCUCGGAUUACGACCGCACCAAGGACUCCCUGCAGCUCGUGCUCGCCUCGCUCUACCCCCCCACGAACGAGCUCGCCUGGAACGAGGACCUCAACUGGUCACCCAUACCCAUACACUUUUUGCCCCGUAACCUCGAUCUGCUGUUUUUCACGUACUCGUGCAUCAGGUUCAGCGACAUGUGGAACGAGCUCGUACGAACCAAGGAGAUCCAGGCGUACAUGGAUCAAAACGCCGAUCUGAUCGAGCACAUGAAACAGUACUUUCCCACCAACGAUCUCGGGCUCGAGCAAUUCUUCUACCUCCACAACAUCAUCGUCAUACAGAAGUCGCUGAGGCAGCGCGAGCCCGAUUGGUACUCGCGGUCGGUGCACGAAAAGAUCCGGCUCAUGUCCAAGUUGUACCUGGACUCGCUGUCCUGGACCCCGGAGCUGGCGAGGAUGAACGGCGGGCCCCUCGUGCGACGCAUCAUCGAGAACAUGGCCGCUAAGGACAAGGCCGGCGCGAACCCGCGCAAGUUGUACCUCUACAGCGGACACGAGUUUACGGUUUACGCGGUAGCCAAGGCCCACAAUUUGACCCUUAAGGUGUCACCGGCCUACGGCUCGGCUUUCAUCGUUGAGAAGCUGAGGGACCACAAGGGCAGUGCUCACGUCAAGAUAAAUUAUUGGAACGGAACGAACCAAGAGCUCACGGAACUGAAGUUGCACGGCUGCAGCAGCGUUUGCCCCCUCGAGAAGUACCUGAAGAUUGUCAGUCCUUUCGUCGCGACGGACGAUGACUUGCGCUGUUUGAUCAAGAAUUUGACAAUCAGUGAUUUGGAGAAGAUACUCAAUGACCCGAAAAUCGGUAUAUCGAUCUGAAACGUUGGGCCGUAUUUUGCGCGCGGUUUGUUUUUAGAGGACAAUCGACGGUUACCAGCGUGCGAUUGAAAAAACGUGUCUGAUAAUGGUUUGAGAUUUUCGCUCGGACGUUGCGAAUCGCCGAUGCAAAUUGAGAGGUAUGCGUUACUUUUAUGAUGCAAGGGGCCAUUCCCUAUAUCAAUAUUACUUGUUGAGUGCCGUCGACCGAUUGCAUUCUUUGUACAUACAACCUGGAUAUACUUACACAAAGUGUUACUAUUUAUAAUUUAUUACUGUGUGCGAGAAUUUUUGGAUGUUUAAAUAAACUUUUUUUUUUUUUUUUUUUUUUUUUUUUUUUAUAAGCGUGACUGGAAAAAUAUUUAAUUUCACAAAUGUUCCAUUUUGCGCAACUAGCGCAUCGUUAGUCGAGUGGAGGACAUAAUAUUAGCCGAUGUAUAGUAAUCCACUCAAUCAUAAGUAGCUUAAAAUAAUUUUUUGUAAUUAUGGAAACAGCAUGGAAAAUAUAGGCAACACUUAUUGGAUGCAGGGCAUCAAUUAUAUUUACUUGGCUACUCGAUAUUCCUAUGUCAUAAGUGUUGAAAAGCUCUUUGGGAUGAACGAUACAUUUUAAAACAUGUAGUUGGUCUAAAACAAGUACAAUAUCGACGAGGAAAUUCCCACGGUGGAAGACAAAAAGUUUAAAAAUUUUGGAAAAAGCGGUGACGCUAGUAGGUGGUUUAAAUUAUAUAUAAAUUAAUGUAUUAUUGGGUAUACGAGCCAUUCCGCCCAAAAUCAUACGUAACAUGAAUUUGGAAAGAAUUAUAAUUAAGACUUAAUAUUUUAUUGAAAAUAUUUUUAGUACGAAUAAAAAAUAAUGAUAAAAAUCAUUGCUAAUCACUUCACCACAAGCUGCCCAAAUCUGACAAUUUACUUAGC